UUGACUGUGAUUGUCGUAACACUGGAGUUGACAGGAGAUAUGGACUCGGUACCGGCCUUGAUCAUCGUCUGUUUCACCGCCUCGUGGGUAUCCUCCUUCCUCGGCGAAUCCCUCUACCACCGCGAGAUGCACCAGAACAAAACACCCUACCUGCCGUCCGACCCGUCCCACUCCAUGCGCACCAUUACGGUCCGCAAGAUCAUGAGCUCACGGAACUUGGUCGUCAUCACCACCCACCCCCGCCUGUCGGCCUGUCUCAGCGCCCUGCAGUCCGGGUUCAUCGGUUUCCCCGUGUGUGAGAAACUCGCGGUCGAGGACUCGACGGGGCAGACGUUGAUCAAGUACCGUCCGGUCGGGUUCGUGUACCGGGACCUGUUAGCAGAAACCUUAAAACGCCUCGUGGACGACCAAGGCUUCGACCCCGACCAAACCCGGAUCGAUAUGACGCCCCUGUCGAAUGUGUCCCCUGUGGUCGUGCGCGAGGACUCGACGGCGUCGAAGGUGUUUGGGAUGGUGAGGCAGUUGGGGUUGCGGCAUGUGAUGGUGGUUAACCAUGACGGGUUCCUGGUUGGGAUAUUGACGCGGAAGGAUCUUUUACGCGGGAUGCAUUAUUACGAUCAUAUCCACCAUAAAAAAGGGCACGGGAAGAAGAAGAAACACCAGCAGCAGCACCACGCCCACGCCCGCGGAACACUCAAACGCGAUAAGAUGACAAUGAAGAUCUGGGCCGAGCGUCCUAAAUCCGAAAAGGAGAGAGAGGGGACAGCGAGUAGUUUGGUGAUACCAGCCACCGACGUCCCCGGCACCCCGCGCCACACCCAUUUCGGAUCCACCGGUGGCCUCGUCGUGCCGCCUCUACCAGUCCCCGCCCGCGGCGACACGGUGCUGGAUCUCGAUACGUUGUACCACCAGCAUUUGCAGCAGCAUGGUUCGGAGGAUUCGGCGGGGGAUCUCACCGCGUCCACAGCGAACCUCCUCAACCAACCCGGGGAGCACCACACGCAUUCCCCGCCCGCGAGCCCGAAACUGGGAACCACGCCGACACCCGUUCGUCGCGCACAUUUCCAGGACACCGCCGCGCCGCCGACGAUAGCUACAGCGUUCCCCUUCCCAGAAACAUCCAUCCCGAUCGGUCCACGUACCCCCACCGCCCCGCACUCGACCUCCACCCCCGCCUCACCAUCCGUAACCCCCGGCCGCGCCGCCUGGAACCGCACCCGUCUCCGUCUGCGCGCCAACGCCGGCUUCACGCUCAAAAAAUUACACGACGAUUCAGGGGACGACGUCGCCCAUAGCUCGUCAUCAUCAUCGGCUUCUUCUUCGUCAUCUUCUGAUUCGAGUUCGAGUGAUUCAAGCGAGAGUGAGAGUGAGGGCAGGGGGGUUAGGGUACGGUUUGGGGAACGGGCUAGACAGACGAGGAGGGAGAGGAGGGAGAGGAGGGGGAAGAAUCGGGCGAUGAUGAUUAGGAGGCGGACGGGGUUGUGAGGUGCAUCAAGUCCGACUUUGUUUGCACAGGUCACAUACGCACACUGUUUUGCAUAUACUCAUAUACAUGGUGUAUACCCUUCCCCUCGUUUGGCGUAAUUUCAAGACCCGUCCAACCCCCU